GGAAACAGAGAGAAUUACACAGUCUCUCGCUGAUGAUUUGCUUUCACCAAAUUAGUAGAAGAGCCUUCGAUAAUCUUACAAGUUAAGAUGAUCUUUCUGAAAGCAUUCUCGGAGCCCAACAAUAAUGAAGAGAUUCUUCACUCAACGACGUGGAAAGCGAAAGCGGCAAGGAAUAAAGUCACCCCGUGUUUCUUCAAUCACGCACGACUAAUGAUUCUGUUAAUCAGAUGAAAAUAUCAAUGUCUCGUAUAUAUCACAAAGCAGAGGAAGGAACAAAUUAUCUCUUGAUUCCCAAGGAAGGUGGACUCUUUACGUGCGUCCCAGGGAAAAAAAUAUAUCAAAAUGUUCCUCUUUUGUAUUGCAAAAGAAAAGGCAUAUAACUUUGGUGUAUAUAUUUGGGUUUAUCGAGGAGCUUUACAUGCAAAAACAAGUCUAUCAUCUAUAUAUACAUGGAUUGCUUACACAUAGUGUUCAAGUUAUUGCCAAACUGGAAGCGUGAGGCAGAAGUAAAAAAGCUCGGUUACAAGGUUCAUGGCGAUCCUUUCUCAACCAACACAAGGCGUGUCCUCGCUGUUCUCCAUGAGAAAGGACUCUCUUACGAACCCAUUACCGUCAAAUUGCAAACCGGUGAACACAAAAGUGAACAUUUCCUCGCUCUCAACCCAUUUGGUCAAGUCCCCGUUUUUGAAGAUAGAAAUGUUAAGCUGUCCGAGUCUCGGGCCAUCACACAAUACAUCGCAUAUGUUCAUAGCCCAAGAGGCACACAGCUUUUGAAUCUUCAAAGCCACGAGACAAUGGCAAUACUGACAAUGUGUAUGGAAAUCGAAGCUCAUCAGUUUGAUCCACCCGCAUCGAAACUCACUUGGGAACAAGUCAUUAAGCCUCUCUACGGUCUAGAGACUGACCAUACGGUUGUCAAAGAGAACGAGGCUAAUCUAGAGAAGGUUCUAAAUGUCUACGAGAAACGACUCCAAGAAUCUAGAUUCUUGGCUUGUAAUAGCUUUACUUUGGUUGAUCUCCAUCACCUACCAAAUAUACAAUACCUUUUGGGAACUCCAACGAAAAGAUUGUUCGAAAAUCGACCUAAAGUCCAUAAGUGGGUGGAUGAGAUUACGAGUAGAGAGGCUUGGAAGAUGGCUUGCGAUCAAGAGAAAUCUUGGUUUAAUAAGCAGAGGAGGAACUAAAUAAAAGCAGAAGUGAAAUUUGUGUGUCAGUGUGUUUGGGUCCUUUGUAAGCUUGUGCUACGCAGUUGAAUCUUUGUUAAGAUGCUUCAUUGCUUUGUGUUUGGUUUGUAAAUAUGUUUGAUGUAGUAUAUAAAUAAAGAACAAAAAAGCAUCGUUUAUGAGA